UGUGAAAGUUCCAUGCUUUGGGGAUCAAUUGACAAGAGUCAGAUUUGCAGGGGCAAGAGACUUAAGAUCAGGUUGUCACACAGCAAAGCAAAGACUUGAUCAUAUUUAUCCUUUCUCUAUUGUUGACUGGCAUACAAAGAGGAGCUUUUUGAAGACCAUAUUCAAAAAACUCUACAAAAACUCAGGCAGAGAGAAAGGUACACUUCGAUUCUUUCGUGAGAAACUGAACCGAAGAAAUGUUACUGUAGACGUGAAGCACUAUGAGGAUUGUGAACAACUGUUUUUCAGUAUUGGUAAAUGCUAUGUUGUUGAAGCUCUCAUGGAAUUUUUUCAAAUGGAAGACAGAAAGCACGAUCCCACUGCAAACGUUCCUCAUAGUGCAAGUGUUUCUGGUGAUGAAUAUGGAAAGCAGUAUAUUUUUCAAGUUGUUGACAAGUUUCUUGAUGAGUUUGUUUUCAAUGAAGAAAAGAGUGAUGAUUCAGAUAGUGUUUUGGAUGGGAUUUCAGAUGAUAGUGCAUCAAACGAAGUUGCAGAUGGUGUUUGGGCAUAUGCUGAUAACUUGCUGAAGUGCUUCAUGUUGUUAGCUGACUUCAAGGAUGCUGUUGCUACUGGCAAUGGUGAACACAUUUUCAUUCUGCGUAAACAAUUAUUAACUCAUUUCUUCUCAACACCUGGCUUUAAUGACUUUGCAAUAGAGAUGUUAAUUAACAUUCUUCAAACAGAAGUGUUGCUUUCAAAAGCUGAAGCUCAUCGUUGCAAGUGGGCAGCAACUGUUAACUGGAAAGGUGGUGCUGGUCAUAACAUAGAGAUUGACCUGUUUCAGGAAAACAGAAACUGUGAAAUGAAAAAGUUGAUAAGUGAUGAAGGUGAUCAUUGCGCUGUUUUCGGCUGUAAUAACGAUAGAAGUUACCCUGAAAAACAAUUUGUUUGCUCCCACGUUGGAGUGCUAAGAUUUCACUGUCCGCGUAACGCAAAAGAAAGAGCUAAAUGGCAAAAUCUUAUCAACAGAAAGGAUUUUAAAGUCACCGGUAAUACGAAGGUAUGCUCAAAUCAUUUUGUUGCCGGGUAUCGUUGCAAGGAAUGUCCAAAUCCUACCCUUUAUAUGAAAGGAUACAAAGUUAAAAAAGACAAGAAAAGAUUGCCACCUAAACAACGACGUGAUAUGCCUCCACAUCCCAGAAAACAAAAGCGUGAAGUCAGUGAAACACAAGGUGAUGGAGAGGAAAACCGCUAUCAAAAUGACGAUGACACAAUGUAUUACAAUAUAAGUACACUUCACGAUGACAUUACCAAACACGAAAAAAGUUUCAGUGAUGUUGAAAAGAACGUAACAGUUAAGAUGGAGCAACAGUCGCAUGUUUCACAGUUAAAGAGAAGGCUUUUUACUAGUCAAGCAACAGGUCCAGCGAAGUGCUAUCGGUACACUGGGCUGUCAAGGGAAAAGUUGGACUUAGUGUUUAGCUUUGUAAAAGAAAAAGCUAAACAUUUGAGGUAUUGGAGAGGUUCUAUUGAAACCCCCUGUUCCCAAGAAGUUAAAAGGGGUCAUGUCCCAAGACUAUUGACACCUUUUGAAGAGUUUAUUCUCACCCUCGUCAGAACGAGAAAAGGACUUGAUGUUGCAUUUUUAGCAGAUACAUUUGAAAUCUCAACAAGUCAAGUGUCCAGAAUUUACAACACUUGGAUAAUAUUCUUGUCAAAUGAGUUGUCUUUCCUUGUACCAUGGCCAAGUAGGGUAGAAAUUCAAGAGAAACUUCCAAAACGAUUCAAAAGAUUUAAGAACUUAAGAAUCAUAAUUGAUUGUGCUGAAUUCUUCAUUCAAAAGCCAAAAAUUCUAGAGAGCCAAAAAAUAACCUGGAGUAGUUACAAGCACUGGAACACUGCUAAGCUUCUUAUUGGUAUCACACCAACUGGUGUUAUUUCCUUCAUUCCUCCUCUGUGGACAGGGUCAGUAUCAGACAAAGAGAUCGUCAAAACUCUGCAUAUUGUCGUGGGCCUAGGCUCUCUUCUCGAGGAACAACCCACACUCGAAGAGUAG